AUUUGUUAUUCUUUUUUUUUCUUUUUACACGUUACAUUUUAAAAUUAGAAGAAUAGAAAACUAUGCGUAGCCAGUAUUAUGGACUUAGCAAGAACUAGAUGGCAGCACGUAGAGUAAAUUGCCUACUUACUAGUCUUACUACACCGUAUACAGUGUUAAUUUCCUAUGUCUACUGUAGAUGGCACUGCAAACUGGCCAUUUUUAGCAAAUUGCUUUUAAAUAAAAUUAAACUGUAAAACACUUCACAGUAAGGUGUGUGAUGUAAAGCGUUUAAAGUUCAUUUAUUGUUCUACUAAAAAUAAUACUUCUAAUUAUUUGAAAAAAAAAAACUUUUGUGAUACUACGCCAAGCAGAUCCAUUUUUGUACCAGCUACACAUUUACAUAAAUUUCUGAACGUGAUCCAAAUUAACAAUUUUUAUUUACUUAGAUGUACCCUCUUACACAAAAUGGAACCAAGAAACGUCAUGUAUAGUAACAGUAUUUUUAUAUUUGGUUCUGAAAGAUUGUGUGAAAUAAAGAAUGACGCAAUAACGUCCUUGCCGUUGGAGUUGUCUUGGAAAAUAUUUUCAUAUUUGGAUGAUGCAUCAUUAAGAAUUGCUGUCAGGGUGAAUAAAAUAUGGAAACAAAUUAUAUUGAGCGAUAAGAAACUGAAACGACGACUCAAUAUAUUCGAAUUGGGCCUUAAGCUUGGUUCUCAUCACUUAGCCAGAUUCCACAGAGAAAAUAGGCAAAGAGUAAAAACUACCAAAAGGUCUACAAAAUACUUGCCGGUUUACCAAAAUUCAGCAAAUUCAACUGACAAGAAAAUUUACAAAUCGAAAAGAGGUGGCGAUGUCUUAGUCAUAUGCGCAAAACGGUUUAAAUUAAUGUAAUGCGUUAGAGAUGAAUUAAAUAAAAUGUGCUAAA